UGCUCGCCUACACGAGGUCAUCCGUUACCAAGGCGAUCUUCCGAGUCACUUAUUAGCCACGGAAUUCCGAAUGUCACCUCCAAGCCGUCUACAAAAAAGGCACCGUUUUCUAGAAGUUCAUUUUGUCGAGCAAGUUGGCCUGGUCUUAAGGACAAGCAUGACAAAUGCAAUUCUGAUAAAAUUGCAUCUUUUAUCUCCUCAGCUAGUCCAGCCACUACCAGCCCGAAUAAAGUUUUCCAAUCAGAAGUGGAGAGACGGAAGAAGGUAGUUGGACUCACCUCGCAGAUCAAGAGCCCAGCCGCAAUCUGUACCUCGUCUGGGCAACAGCCCAUGCAAAUGUCGAGCAAAGAAGUCAAAGAAAGACGAAUUGACAAGCAUAUAGAUCUCAGGUUCAAGGAGACAGAUGGAAACAGGUAUAGAAAUGAAGACAUAUCUUCACUCCAAGUCAAGGCUGGUAGUAAACCUAUCACUCCGUGCGACCCUCAUUCAAUCGAGGGGCCCGAAGAAGCGUUUCAUCACCUGCGUUGUGAUUAUGCUGAGUUGACGGAUCAGUUACACAGAGUUCGGGAAAAGAUUGAUCAGAUGGACGCUCAGCUGCGCAAGAUGGCCAUGAAUGGACCCCAUCCCAGUCGCACCCGCCUGGCCGGCCAUGCGAUUAUGACAAUUCCGAAAACAUCUCAGGACGCUACGACUGCCGCUUGCACAGACUCUGUUUCAGGCAUGAACUCUGGAAAUUGCCAGGGAGAGCCUCGGUUUGGUCGUAAUUUUUCAGGACCAAUAGACUCAACGGGCUCAACUUCAAAUACCACCUCAAGAAGAUGCAGAAGUGGACAGGUUAAAUUUCCGGAUUCACAAUUUAAGUAA